UCGGUGGCUUUCUACACGCUGAUAAUUUCAUAUAUUUAUGAACAAUAACGUACGUUUGUUUUCAACGAUGCAAUGACAUCCGUUGAAGUAUUUUUCUGUGCAUUACAUGUACCUGUCUCACCUGUAGUGUAAUAGACAGUAUAAAUCUGCGAUUUGUUCAGCAAGGUUUGUUUGUAACGCUUCACAGAGUUCCAAGUAUUGAAGAUGGACGGUAAAGAAGGUCAGCAGAAGACACAGUAUAGGAGAGUGCCAACUACUGUAAUAUCUACAACCUAUGAAGAGCAGAAAAUGUCUGCUGGAGUCGCUACCAUCAGGAUGGUCAUGUGGAUGGCGUUUAAGUCACUUAACAUACUGUACAUACCCAUAUUUAUAGCCAGGAAAUUUAAAAGGUCAAAAAUAUGUCCUCCAGUCAAAGAUGAGAUUCUACUUCUACCAGCCAGUGAGCUAGCCGAUAAAAUAAGGAAACAAGAGUUGUCUAGUGAAGCUGUUGUAAAAGCGUACAUCACAAGAAUAGAGGAAGUAAAUCCAUUAAUAAAUGCAGUUAUAGAGGACCGGUUUAAGCAAGCAAUAGAAGACGCCAAGUAUGCAGACAAAUUAAUAUCUUUUGGGACUCUAUCUACGGAAGAAUUAAAAGAAAAACACCCACUAUUAGGUGUACCUCUCACAGUAAAAGGGAGCAUUGAGGUUGCCCACAUGAAGAUCACCUCAGGGAUGCUAACUAGGGCCAAUAUAACUGCCAAAACGGAUGCGGUAACCGUGAAAUAUGCUAGAGAAGCUGGAGCCAUUCCAAUACUGACCUCCAAUAUCCCGGAACUCUGUAUGAACUGGGAAAGCGGUAAUAAACUUAAAGGGACAACGAAAAACCCUCACAAUACCACUAGAACUCCUGGAGGAUCCUCCGGAGGUGAGGCCAGUCUCCUGGCAUCGGCCUGUUCGGUCAUCGGUAUAGGAUCCGAUGUUGGAGGCUCCUUAAGGCUACCAGCGCACUUCUGCGGGGUGUGGGGACACAAACCAUCUCCAGGAGUGGUUUCGUAUAUAGGACAUUAUCCCAGUUGUAAAAACGAGGAAGUAUGGAAAGCGGUUUUCACGUUAGGACCCAUGGCUCGAUAUGCUACCGAUUUGAAACUUCUAUUGGAGGUCAUCGUUGAACCAGAGAUGAAAGACUGCCUGAUGCUGAACGAACCAGUGAAUCUUAAAGACAUAAGGGUAUUUUUCAUGGAAGAUAUCGAAUCCUCUUUGACAACUAAAGUUAGCGAUGACUGUUUGGAAGCCCUGCAUCAGGUCAUUGAUCAUUUCAACACUCUCUGCUACAACAACUGUAAAAAGGUAAAAUUACCUUUAAUGAAACAUGCUCCAGAAAUAGCAGCGUUGAAUCUCUUGGACAUUGACGACGUCGACAAUCUUUUUGAAGGCCGAGGAGAAGGCAGUUACAAAGAGCUUUUCAAAUACGCAACUGGUAGGUCAGAGUCCACCCUCAACGUAGUCCUAUAUGGCGUCUUAAGAAGGUUCGUUGGUUACCUACCUAGAUCGCUAUUUGAAAACAUCAAAGGGACAUUAAAGGAUCUGAAAAGUGAUUUCGUCAAACUGUUGGGUAAUGACGGAGUCUUCAUAAUUCCUACUAGUCCUAUGGAAGCUUGUUACCACGGAGAUAUGGUCAGAAAAACACUUGAUGCCAGUUAUCUGUAUAUAUUCAACGUUUUAGGUUUGCCAGUAACGAACUGUCCCAUCAGAUUUACCAGAGACGGACUGCCCAUCGGCGUACAGGUCGUUGCAGCGCCAAACUGUGAUAGGCUAACGUUAGCAGUAGCAAUGGAGAUAGAGAAAGCCUUUGGGGGUUGGAAACCACCAACCGCUGUUAAUAGUCGGUGACUGUACUACCUAAUUAGUAAUUCCUGUUUUGUAUGUUAUAUAAAGUUUUGUUUUUCUUUUUA